AGCCGAGCUGAGACGUGUAGUCUUUUUAAGACAAUGUCGAUUAAAAUAGUCGGCCUACUUUUUAUGUUAGCCGGUCAGUCCUUGGGAGAACUCGUGCGUAUAGAUCUUAAAGAUUUGGGCUUUCAGAUCUCAGGAAGCGGUCUUAACUCUCGUCCCAAAUCGAUCAGCAGCAAUCAUAAGAACAAGACUCUGUCGGAUUACAAUGUCUAUCUGAACGAGUAUUACAGCAAUCAAUGGCAGCAGUUCUAUCUGGCUCAAGCGGCCUACAAUCAAUAUUAUGGACUUUACACAGUUUAUAGUCCCUACGAAAGCUACGGACCAUAUGUGAUAUGGUCCUAUAAGACACCUGGUCACCAUGGUCGUCGUGGACACCGCCAUCGCCCUAAACCAACGCAGCUUCCAACACAGUCAUAUCCAUUCCUACAACCUCUACUGCGACGACUACGACAAUUUCUACCUAUUAAAGUGCGAUUUGUUCCUCGAAAGAAAAGCAAACCAAGUCGCCGGCGACGCAAGCCACAACUAAGACAACUCCAACCAUAUCCACUGCAAUUACAAAAGCCAAUUAAGUACGUAGCUAAAAAAUAAAGUACACUUUUUUAAAUCUUUAUUAAAACUGGCAAACGAUUAUACCAAACGAA